AUGGACGAGGUAUGGGAGGAUGAGGAGACGUCAGAAAACAGGAAGAAUGAGGAAUCAGGCGAUAAACUAUCGCUAAAGAACGAAAUGAAUAAGUUCUUUAACCAAGGUUAUUUAGAAGGAAUGAUAGAGGCAAAAAAAAUAUAUAGCCCUCUAGGAUUGAGUGAAAACUACGAGAAAAGUGCAUUUAUAGGAGUAGAAGCAGGCCGUCUACUUGGUUCUUUAGAAGGAUUGGAGUUUUAUCUCGAAAAAACGGGAGAAAAAGAGGAAAAUAUUGAGAAAUUUAAAAAAUGGAUCAAAAAGAUGAAAAAAGCAAUAGAAAUCAACAAGAUAUUUACAGAAGAGUAUCUUGAAUCAGACGGAUUAUUAAAAUAUGAUAAGCAUCCAAUUUUGGAGGAAAUUGGAAAGGGAAUUUUGGAUUAUUUAGAAAAUAUUAAAUGUUGUGAAUGUAUUAAUAUAAAUAAAUAA